AGCUUUAGCGUAUCUGAGUGCAAGAUGAGCUUUGGUUUUGGUUUGAAAACGUGAUUUAAUGAUCAAGGGAAGGGCAUUGUCAGUGGGAAAGAAAACUGAAAGGCAGGGAUGUUGUCAUGCCAAAGUUUACCUUGGACGUCUUCUUUUUUUCCCCUGCGGCUUCUGCAAGGCAAUGCUGGUGUGAGUGAGUCAGAGAGUUUUUGAAUGGCGGGCUGGGUUUAUAAACCUCCGCCCGGCCCUCAGCACAGGAGUUCGGAGGCCACUUGGUUCUGCGGUCUGUCACGGAUGCACAUGCAGUUCGGUCCGUCAGCUUCAGCAUCCUCUCUUUCCACCCUGGAGGGCUCGGUAACACAAAGACAGCUCUUCGUCAUGAGGUCCUUCAUCCUGCUGCUCUUCUCCACGUUGCUGGUGUCGCGCGGCUCUUCGGCCGUCAUCACAGGGGCUUGUGAGAAGGACUCUCAGUGUGGAGGAGGGAUGUGCUGUGCAGUGAGUUUGUGGAUUCGCAGCCUGCGUAUGUGCACACCCAUGGGUCAGGAGGGAGACGACUGUCACCCAAUGAGCCACAAGGUUCCUUUCUUUGGCAAAAGACUCCACCACACCUGCCCCUGUCUGCCCAACCUGUCGUGUGUCACCAUAGUGGAAGGCAAAUCUAAAUGUGUCUCACCGUACAAGUAUCCAGAUUACUACCUCUGAGGACCAACACCUGCAGUCUUUGUUACCUGCACUGUAACUCUUCUAUCUGCCUUUAAAAGCCUGUUUUUUUAUUUAUUUGGAAUAAAGAGAUAUUUAAUAUUUAAUAUUAGUGCAUCACCACGUUGGUUCGGAUUAAAUUAAACUAUAUAUUUAAAGGUAAAUCCACUUGCUGGUCUUUGUUCUCUUUGAUUUUAGAAGCAA